AUGGUUAUAGCUGCGGCUAUAACACAACCAUUCGUCAAUGAAGCAAACUCUUUGGCGCGAAACGGUGUGCAAUGGAAUCUGAACAACGAAAUUAUUACCAGUAAAGUCUACCCUAUAUGUUGCUGUGUAGAUUCUGUUGCCCGACCUUGUAUUUUGAAUAUGAUUCGUUUUAAUGGCUUUUACGGAUGCAACUUUUGCGAACAUCCUACCGAAGGCGUUGAUGGAUAUCGUCGAUAUACUAUGUCAACAUGUGUACCUCCAAAUCGCACAGAUACAUCUAUAAGAUAUCUAAUGCAAAAUGCGUUAAAUGAUGGAAUUCAUCCAAUCAUAAAUAAGGGAAUCAAAGGUCCGUCAAUCAAGGGAAUCAAGAAUCCGUCGGUACUUAUAAAUUUAGAAAAAUUUGACUUGGUAGAUGGAAUGGUGCCUAAUUAUAUGCACUCUGUUUUAUUAGGAGUUACUUGGCAAUAUACAGAAAUUAUAUUAACGUCACGAGGGGAAGAAUAUUAUGUUGGUUCGCCAAAUCAGUUAGCUGUAAUAAAUCAGCGUCUAACUUCUAUUCAACCACCAACAUGUAUCACACGAUCACCAAGAACACUUGAAGAACGAAAAUGUUGGAAAGCUUCGGAAUAG